UAUAAAAGAGGAUCUGAAAAAUGAACCUAUAAGCAAUAGAGGAAGUACAACAAAUUGCCCAACUAAUCAAAACGAGAGUAGUAUAAAGGAGAGGAAAGAAAACUCAUACACAUCAAAUAAGACCAAUGAAAAUAAAACAAGCAGUAACUUGGUUUCACCCAGAUGUCUAUCAGAAAAGAAACAAAAACAAAGAGACAUGCUGCUACAAAUCUUGGGUAGACUCGACAAGUUAGAAGAUCAAAGUAGUUUAUCUCAAACAAUAUCUGCAAGAAAGAAGAAGUUAGGUAGGAAACAUUGA